AUGAAUAAUGAGAUUUUUAUAACACAAUAUUUCGAAAACACACAAGAUGAUCAUCGAAUUGAAAAAAUUCUUCUUUUACAACGUCUUAUUCGUUCAUUUUAUGUUCGUCGACAAUUUGAACAUGUUCGAAAAGAAUUUCUGAAAACAUUAAGUGAUAUCGAAGGAGAACUUUCGAUAAAACCUGAACCACCACCACAGCAAAAUACACUUGUUAUUCGUCCAACAAAAGAUGACUUAUUAAAAAAACGCGAAGAAAUUGCUAUUGAACUUCUAUGGAUUGAACAAGCUAUUCAAAGUCGAAAAGAUUAUUUACGUUUAAAAUCUCGUUAUACGACGUCUAUGUCGUAG